AUGCCUUCUUUCAAGGACUCCGUCUCUUCCACCCCAGCUGGUGCCUCAGGCGCCCCUACCCCAGCCUCUUCCGCGGCACCCACAUCAACCCGCGAGACUCUCCACGCCGCAUCAGCCGCACUUGGCUUGACCUCGCAAGGCUUGGACCUCUGCCCUCACUGCUUCCGUGAGAUGUCUCACUGCAACGAGCGCUUCGAAUUCGCUUAA